GAGGAGAGCUGGAUGCGCGUCACGGAUUGGGGAGGAGAGACAGGAGACACACACACAGACACUGCAGUGACAUAGCAGAGGGAAACUCCCAGACACUGCAGGGGGACCACAAGAGCUGACACUCUACACAACAAGAUGCUCCACGUGUUUAACCCUCUGCGCAAGUCUGGCAGCGACAUGUGUCUGUCUCCGGAUAACCCCCAGCACUGGAAGCGGCUGGCGAUCAGAAGAGCGGCCCCCACUACCUGCCCCGUGUCCUCCGCGAGCCCCACGUCCGCCUUCCCCGUGCCCGAAGUGCGGGUGGAGCGCUCGCUCAGCGCCGGGAACUUGGCAUGUGACAGCGAGGAGGAGGAAGGUGGGGACGGAGGAGCCCUAGGGGUCCCCAGAUCUGUGUGGAGGACACGAAGUGAGUCCCAUUUGGAUACGGGGGGAGGGGAAGUGCCCCUGGGGGCAAAGGAAAUGUCUAGCAGCGGAUGGAGCCUGCCCUCGCCGAAGACCCUGAGGAAGAAGAGAAGGGCGGCCAGGGUGGCGACGGCGAAGCAGAACCUCCUCUCCUUCUUUGUGGGAUCCUUUAAGUCCUUGGCCUCUAGUGUGGAGACAGACAUUGGCUCGGUGUGUGAAGCUGACAGAGGACACAGAUCAAAAAAGAAAGAACAGAAGCACAAGAAAAGUCACCUGUCUCUUUUCCGCCUCUGGCCGCUACAUUCAUCUCACUUUGGGCGACCAAGUUCAGAAGAAAUCCAAAGCUGGAGGCAGUCUCUCGACAACCUACUUUCUCACCCAUACGGGCGCGCUCUGUUUCGCGUGUUCCUGCAGUCGGAGUUCAGCGAGGAGAAUCUGGAUUUCUGGCUCGCCUGCGAAGAUUAUAGGGAUACUCACCCCCACUUUAUCCUACAGAGCCGCGCACGCAAGAUCUAUCAGCACUACAUCGUGUCUCAAUCCCCCAAAGAGGUAAACCUAGAUGCCGGCACGAAAAAGCAGACAGAACAUAAUCUCCUCUUCCCAACCCGCGCAACCUUCGACGAGGCUCAGCGCAGGAUCCACGGCCUUAUGGAGCGCGACUCCUACCCUCGCUUCCUGCACUCAGACCUUUACCAGAGUUUGCUGCAUCCACCCAACGGGGCCAGCUGAAGGUCCUUCCAACAUGGCGACGAAGGGAAGGAGUCACCUGGCCAGAGAGAGACAGCUUUUCUGGACUGGACUGGAUUGUCACUGAACGGUCUUUUUUUUUCUUCUUGUUUUGAACGAGUCAGCCAUGCCAAAGCCUGCUGAUGGUGGCCAUUUUGAACAACAAUGGGUGUCCCUUAAGUCGUCUCCCACCUCGGGCAAAAGUGUAGUUAGUUAUGCAAAUGCUUCUAUGCCAAGAGGGAGAAAUUGUGAACACUAAAUGAUUUUUGCCUUUAACCGGCUGCCAUUUUGAAUCAAAAUGGGGUCGCUCGUGGUAAAUUUUGAUUCAAGAUGGUAUCCGUUAAGUCAGCGCUUGUUAUUUGCGCCUGUGCUCGUGUCUGCCAUUUUGAACACUAAUGGACGUACGCAGAGCCGUGUCCCAACGUAUACGAUCCUUUGUCUCUCAGGAUGGGCUUGGUAAAAUUAUUUGUAUGAUGGGAUUACAGAAGACUGGCCAUUUUAAGUAGUUGAUAUUGCAUGACCCAUCUGCUGUAAGAGAGCGUUGACUGUCGGGUAUGAAGGCUGUGGCCUGUGCCGCCGCUUGUCAUGGCAUAAACCGUAUGGCACCUGUAAACAUAUUUAUAUAUAGGUUUUUUUUUUAUGAAGCAGAGUCCCCAAUUUAUUUAACAAUGGCGGGCCCAGGCCUGCUGGGUACAUCCUAUGUUGACCCAUGCACUUUUUUUUUUCAUCUUUGAACAAAAGGUGUUGGAGUAAGUCUUGCCGCUAACACCUGACGAAAGUCAGCCAUUUUGUCACCUAAGCCAUCCACCAUUUUGAACAUUUUAAGUAAACCUCUCAGAGGUGUAGAUGUCUCUUCUUUUCUGAAGAGGUCUACAUUUUGGAGGGUUCUGUGGCUCACCUCAGCUCUCCUACCUCCCAAGCCUCUUCUUAUUUUAACACAAUGGAUCUCCUUUGAAACCUCGCACCUUUUUUUCUUUGCACUGUUAAAGCCUUUUGCGCCUUUUUUCCGCCAUCUUAUAUGCCUCCGUAUUGAUGCACUGAAGCCAUUCCCAAAACCAUUAUGCACGGUGUUGCCUCAGGAGGACGCCAUUUAAAAAAAAAAAAAAUGGCCCACACUGGUGGCACGAAUGAAUGUUGACCGUUUUUUUUGCGUCUGUGAGAUUUUUUUGUUAUCUGUAGCAAAUAGUUGGCCAUUUUUGGAAACCGUUCCUCGACAGAGACCCAAUACUACAAACCUCCGCUUCUUAACCAGAGACUAUUAGAGUUAUUGCUCCUUUUGCUAUUACUUUGUGGCCAGAGGGACUUGUUCAGUAUACCCCCCCCCCUUGCCUGAGUGUUCUACAUUUGUGGCUAAAAGUACAAAAUCAGGAAAAUGUUUUUUUGUGUGUUUUUUCUUGGUUUUUUAAGUCUAAAUGUUUUUUAUGGGUAAAUCUGUAAUUAGUCUUACGCACUGAAUAAAAAUAUGCAGUAUUGACCAU